UCUUGUGUCAUUCAUGUAUGAAGGAGGUUAUAAGGUAAGAUUAUGUAUUAAGGAUGCUCCACAGCUUGCAUCCCUGUGCCUAUCAGUUGAAACUGGUUUAAAAUCAGAUAUGCACCCGAUAUUUCCUAGAGGAAAAAACUUUAUUUUCAACCAGUUCUCCUCUUAUCUCCCUAAGCUGGAAUCUAUGGUUGUCUCAGUUGCUCUUUUUGAGGAUAUGAGUAAUUUUAUGGAACUUUGUGUGUUUAGCAAUCUAAAAACUCUGGCGUUGGAUGCAAAUUCAUCUUCAAUACGACUAUGUUGCCAAGUAGCGGCUUUUAUAAUCAGUGCAGCCCCAUACUUGGAGCUACUUGAGCUACAUCUUUCACCAACAAGAGCUUCUCUCAAGGAAAUGGAAGCACUAGAAUUGCCGUCUAUGUCUCCACAUAAGAACCUUAAAGAGGUCAAGUUGUCUGGCUUUAGAGCCGAUGUAUAUACCAUAGACUUUCUUGCCUAUCUUGUUGAAUGCACCGAUUCUCUCCAGAAGAUUAAUCUCAGUGCAUAUGCUACUGAUAGGUCUGGAGAUGAGUUGUUUGUGCAAAACCGUUUAAAAUGGAGGGCAGAUGAGGCUGAAAAUUGCAAGAUAUGUGUGCAGGAACUCAGGAAAAUAUUGUAUACAAAUGUCCAGCUGAUAUUUCAUGAUUAGUAGUGGCUGAA